ACAUUAUAGCCUAAAUUGUAAAAUUGUUAAACUAGUACAGUAAUACUGUUAACAAUAAAAUUUGAUUGUUUUGUUGCAGAAAUGUGGCCUAAAAAUUCAUAUGUAUUUUGAACCGUCAUUUUUUUUAUAAACAAAAAAUUAAAUAAUUUAUUACCACUCAUUUGUUAAUAUUAUAUGUAAUACUUCAAUAAUCAGCAGCUUAAGAAGCAUCAUUUUAAUUGGACUUUAAGGGUAUUGCAAUAGCGCGCGUCUGUGUGUGUGCGGUUUGUGUCUGUGAAGUGUGUGUCCUUCCGGGCGCAUAAAUACUGGACCAAUUUACUUCAAAUUUUCACACAUUGAUCUGUAUCACAUGUAUCUCGGUUCUCCUCGAAUUUGGUUCUGAACAGAAUUAAGAUGCAGAUUUUAAAAUGUUUAUAUGCUAGGCCUAAUUUGGCUGAGUCGAGCUGGCUCGAGCGGACCGACCGCGGGCCAGUUAGUACGGGGUGUGUAAAAUUUUGGUUGGUGAAAUGGAAGCGGUCUGGUCAGUAUAAAUAUGGCACAACAGGACGAGGGUUUGUAAUCGCAGAUUAUCUUGUUAUUGUUGUGUUUCCUGCUUUGUUUUCAGAGUCAAUUAAGAUUACGUACACAAUUUUCAGCAAACUGCUUUUCGAUGGCCUACCUCAAAAAGCUGUCUUAGGGUCAAAGGACGUUGAUGUAACUCUAUGGUCAAAGGUUGUUUCAUUUUCAAUAAUUACUGAAUCCAAUUUUCCAGGAGAUGCCCACAUCAGAUUUUCAAUACCGCACGAAAAGGUUACCAAACAUGAGGUCUUUUGCAUGUUCUGGGAUAUGCCUGCAAUGCUUUGGUCAGACAAGGGAUGUCGGGUUACAAAUGCUUCUCAAACGGAAACCAGUUGUGUAUGUAACCAUACAACGAGCUACAGUAUUCUAGUACAAGUUGCAGACGAUGAGGUUUCCAGGUCCAAUGACGUCACUUUAACAGUCCUUUCACAAGUACUUCUUAUCAUUUCCACUGCGGCUCUUAUAUUAGGAGUUUUCAUUCUAUUUUGUUUAAGACGACUUAAGGAGUGUGUCCGUACAAGUAUUCAUAAACAUUUGAUGACCACAUUGGCUAUGUCACACAUGUUGUUUCUGACAGGCAUCGACAAAACAUCAAGCAAAGUAACGUGCACUGUCAUCGCUGCUACUCUCCUUUACCUGCUACUCACCGUGUUCAUGUGGAUGUUAGCUGAAGCGGUUUUUCUCUACUACAAAAUAUUCGAUAUCCACGGCACCAGUGUCCGUUACAGAAAGUUAUCGGGAUACAUUAUCUGUUGCUAUGGUGCACCGAUGUUAGUAGUUGGAGUCGCCCUUGCUUGCAAUGUUGAUGGAUUUGGUACUGAUAAGGCGUGUUGGCUAAGCUUAUCUAACGGCCACAUCUGGGCGUUCGCAGGACCGACUUUAAUAAUAUGUUUGGUAAGCAGUCUUAAAAAAGAAUAUAGUACGUCUGUAUGAAGAAUAAUUCAACCAUUUUUACCUAAAAACAAAAUGAAUUCAUUUCGUUGUUGUUGUUGUUCUGUACAGUGGAAAUAGAGUACCAUCCCAGAUCCCCAUAUAAUGCUUCUUCAGCAGUGUAUCUGGGUGCUUUCAGAAUUGCCCUUGACAUUUGGUAUUGUAGAUUUUCAAUUUUAUAAAUUGAAGAUUUUCCUCCACUUAGGCAAACGGAGCAUCCAUAACUUAUGGUGGUAAGCCAAUCACUCUCCACAACAAAUCGCCAAAAUAAACCCUGUUAAAAUCAUCUUGGUUUAUAGAUUAUAGAUUUUAUGUAAGCAAUUAUUCUGCUACCCCUUUUAAUGACUUCUUCAAUGACAUCGGUGUUUACGUUAGAGAUAUAAACCCAAAUUCUAAGG